AUGGAGGGCUUCAAUCAUUCCAGAGUAUCUGAAUUUGUGUUACUUGGACUUACUGAUUCCUCUGAGCUCCAGAUUUUCCUCUUUGUGAUGUUUUCCAUUUUCUAUUUAAUAACCAUGUUGGGAAACUGCCUGAUUUUGCUCACAGUCAUAUCCACCCCACACCUCCACUCUCCCAUGUACUUCUUGCUGAGUAACUUAUCUCUCAUUGACAUGUGCCUGUCUUCCUUUGCCACUCCAAAGAUGAUCAUGGACUUCUUUGCUCAGCGCAAGGCUAUCUCCUUUGAGGGCUGCAUUUCACAGAUCUUCUUUUUGCACCUCUUUACUGGAACUGAGAUCGUGCUGCUUAUCUCCAUGUCUUUUGACAGGUACAUUGCCAUAUGCAAGCCUCUUCAUUAUUCAACAAUUAUGAGCCAAAGAGUGUGUGUGGGGCUUGUGGUGACUUCUUGGAUGGUGGGAUUCCUUCAUACAACAAGCCAGUUAGCUUUUGCCCUCUACUUGCCAUUCUGUGGCCCCAAUGUUGUAGACAGUUUCUUCUGUGACCUUCCUUCAAUCAUCCAGCUGGCUUGUAUAGAUAUUUAUGUUCUUGGGAUCUUCAUGAUUUCAACUAGUGGUGUGAUUGCUCUUGUAAGUUUUCUGCUUUUGCUCAUCUCCUACAUAAUUAUUCUUUUCACAAUUAAGAACCACUCCUCCAAAGGAUCAUCCAAGGCUCUUUCUACCUGCACAGCACACUUCAUAGUUGUAUUCAUGUUCUUUGGGCCCUGCAUCUUCAUCUAUGUGUGGCCUUUCACAAAUUUCCUCAUUGACAAAGUUCUCUCUGUUUUCUAUACCAUUUUUACCCCCUUUCUGAAUCCACUUAUCUAUACUUUGAGAAACCAGGAAGUGAAGACAGCUAUGAAGAAGAAACUAAGUAACCAAUAUUUCAGUGUUGGGACAACUACACAACAUUAUCCAGUGCAAUGA